CCGAGGCAAUACGCAUCGAUCCCUCAAUUCUACCCCAGGUAUAUCUGACGAAGAAUACGGGGCGUAUGAUGCAGGAUGCAGGAUGCAAGAUGGAAUGAAUGUGCUGCACAUCACACGGCUCGCUUACUUCUGCAUCGUAUGCCGUGACCACCUUUCUCUCCACUUCGCUAUACCUCUGUUGAAUAUAUGUACGUAAACAAAGUGCAUGGGCUACUAUACAGGCAGGAUUGUGGCUUUCAGAUUGUCCAGACCAAUUCCAAACUCGGUCUCUCUCCAAGCCGAGAAGAAAGGAGACCAGAGUAACUUAGUCACUGAGGAUAAGUUAUCAUUUGAACGCCGCAGGUUUCACAGCAAUGCAAAAUCUUUGAAGAGAGGAGCCAAACUGGAUAACCAUACAUCCAAGCAAAUCCGCAAAAGCAGUUGACAAUUUUGUCAAGCCAAGCUCCAUUUUGAGAUUGUGCGCGCGCACACUUCGGCACUCUCCGUAGCUUGCGUUCACCCUCUACUACGCCAGACACAGCUUGGCACCCCCUAAUCACAAAGUAAAUGGCGCGGAGGUAUUCUCAGUUGAAACAGGCAAGCCGGAGCUACAUGAAAAUUUCGUUGGCUUGUACCGAUAUUGGACCCCAUGUGUAUAUUGUCCCUCGCUCCGACCUGGCACUGCCGUCCUGCAGCGUGGUGGCGCUAGGCGCGAAUACUAUGCUAAUAUCGCCCGCAUGACAGCGUUAGGCCUUCUUUCGGUCGCGCUUUCUUCCAGUGUACCACGGUUCACCGCCCGUUCGAGAACCAUAGACCAGAACAACAACUCAGAAGCCCGCUGUUGACAGGGCACCUUACCCAAAUGAGUGGCAUGGCUAUCCAGUAAUCAUUGUAUUUGUCUUAAAUCGAGGAAGCAAUGGUUGAUAUUGAUAUGUGUUCUAGAAGCUCUCAUCAGAGUGGCCAUGCGCCCCUGGCAGUGAGGUGGCUGAGGCCUGUCACCAACGUCACCUAAUUUGAUUGAGAUCAGACUUACUCUGAAUCAAAUCUACAUACAGAUCAAACAUGUCCUGCAUACAAGCAUCAAAUGCGCAUCCACAUUUCAACUGUCCGUACAGUGUCUCGCUGUUUACGAACAUCACAAGCCGACAACAUGCACGAGGCACUGUGAAAGCGCCAUAGCUAGCCACAAGAAAUUUCGAUUGCUCAGAUGCAACUCAAAUUCACAGCGACACGUUCGACGACCCACCACC